UCAAAUCGAUUACAAUCAUUAUCAUUCACACAACUCAGCUCCCCAAGUGAUGAUGUUGAGUUUGAAAUUGUCAAACGUACGAACCAUUAGCUUGUUUUUGGCUUGCUGGAUAUCGAUCUCGGCAGCAUUCUCAACCGGACAUGGACCACGAAUUCAUCGGCAGGCGCUCAUGCCUACGAUCUUAGUUCACGGGGGAGCAGGAGACAUCGAUGAAGACAUGGUAAUCCGUAAAUUCAAUGGAACCAAGGCAGCCGUUCGUCAGGGCUAUCAAGUGCUCAUGGAUGGCGGGUCAGUCAUGGAUGCCGUUAUGGAAACCAUUAAGGUUUUGGAAGACAAUCCUGCUUUCAAUGCUGGAAAAGGUGCGGCGUUGACCCAGCCUGGCCACAUUGAGACGGAUGCGUCUAUAAUGCGAGGUAGCGAUUUGGCGGCUGGCUCAGUGGCCUCUGUCUCCGGGAUUCGAAACCCAAUUGUGGCUGCAAGAAAGGUUCUUGAACAAACCCCUCACGUUCAAUUGGCCGGAGAUUCUGCUUCCAACUGGGCCGUUGAUCAAGGAUGUGAAACGGAAGAUGAGGACUAUUUCAUCACACUACAUCAAUACGAAUAUUGGUUACAAUGGCUAGCAGAUCACAACAUGACUAAAUCCACCUCCGGUGAAUACAAGACCAUGAAUCAAAUCGAAACCAUGGACAAAUGGAAAAACCAAAAGAGCACGGUUGGAGCUGUGGCCAUUGAUGCCGAUGGAAACAUUGCCGCCGGAACAAGUACCGGUGGUUUGACUGGAAAACUGCCUGGUCGUGUUGGGGACACUCCCGGUAUUGGACAUGGCGUGUUUGCCGAUAACGAUUCUGUUGGAGUCUCGGGAACGGGUGUGGGAGAAUCCUUUAUGAAAGUGGGUGUGGCGAGACGUGUGAGUUAUUUGGUGGAGAAGACUGGCCUUUCCCCCAAUGAUGCCAUCACAGAGACUUUGGAUUAUAUGGCCCAACGGGUGGGUGGAGAUGGUGGAGUGAUUGCAAUCGACGGAGCCGGUAAUUUGGGCAUCGGAUGGAACAGCAACCAGAUGUCAUGGGCCUAUGGUCGGAACGGGGAGCUUCAUUAUGGUGUGAACAGAGGGGAAGAUUUCGUGGAAGAUAUCUAAAACCAGGACGGGCUCAAUGUUAGUUCUGGCUCAUCAAAGCGAUCGAUCGAUGGCGCUCACUUAUCCUUUGACCAAUAAAAGAAGUGACCGCUA